CUUUACAUCCGACGAUUCGUGGAGACAAAAGGGCAAAAAAACCCUAGCUCUAUAUAUGAUCUUUGCGCUCCCAAAUCCACCGUCCUUCUUCCGAAACCCUAGAGCAACCUCUCAGAGUUCAACCAUUUUCGAGCAUAUCACUUCGGAUCUCAUUCUCCAAAGAUGAAGGUGGUCGCUGCUUUCUUAUUGGCCGUGUUGGGAGGGAACUUAAACCCAUCAGCUGAUGAUUUGAAAAAGAUUCUCGGAUCAGUUGGAGCGGAGGCUGAUGAUGAGAGGAUUGCAUUUUUAUUGGCUGAAGUUGAGGGAAAAGAUGUAACUGAGCUAAUUGCUUCUGGAAGAGAAAAGUUGGCAUCAGUACCAUCUGGUGGCGGUGCAGUUGCUGUUGCUGCACCAGCGGGUGGUGGUGGUGGCGCUGCCGCACCUGCUGCUGAGGCAAAGAAAGAGGAGAAGGUGGAAGAGAAAGAGGAGUCUGAUGAUGAUAUGGGUUUCAGCCUUUUCGAUUAAAUUGGGUUCUUGUUUAUUUUUUUUGUACGAGAGUUUAGACUUUAGAUGUGAACGUUGAGAAGAGAACUUGAAUUUAAUCUAUGGUUGGUUAUUAUUCCUUCUUAGUUUAUCAAGUAAAAUUGUAAUGGUUUGUUGCUUAGUCCGAUUAUUACAGAUUGCUAUUUUAUGUUUGGUCGUUGCUAUUUUACUGACCUGGAUCUUCUCUUA